UCACACGCAUGUCUCCCAGCCCUGUCUUCCCUUUCUCUCUGCCUAGCUCCCAGUUUCAUUGCCCAGGUGCUCCUUACCCAGCGUGUCCCAAUAAACUUGUCCUGAUCUACUCCUUCCCUCCCCUGAGGGCCAGCUUUCGUCCCUUCUGCCUUCAGAUCAAAUGCGUUCCUGUACACUGCUUGGGGACUAGCAAGAAGUCACUGAUGGCAGGAAAGAUAGGCAUCAUCCUCUGCGUUUCUGUGGCUGCCCCUGAAGCUCAGAGCAGCCAUGACAGCUGCCAUCCGCGCACAGCAACAGAUUGCGAUCCUGGCCAAGCCAGAAAUUUUCCAAAGUUUUUGCUAAUAACUCCUAACCUAUCUUCAUUGAGUCUGUGCAGACUAAGGUCCCCUUUUUCCCUCCCCCUAAAUACUUGGCCAGAUUUUUUUUUCCCCCCCCAUGGUGGCCAAAGCGUAUGUCUGCUACAAAGGCCACCAGACCUACCUUCCUGUCAGAUUUUACAUUCCUUUUCUCAAAGUACAGGAGCAAGAAGGGAGGAGAAGAGCACAAAAGCAUUUAAAAGGUCGGUCUUUAAACAAGAAUUAAGACUUCAUUUUCCGUAAUGGCUGAACACCUUUGUCUAGGCUUAGAAGAAAGUACGGCCAGCACCUAGCGUAGAAAGGUAAAGCCGCCCCCCAUCCCCGUAAUAUUUUGGCACGGUUUUUAAGCCACCGAAAACUGGAUCUUAAUAACGGGAAGGGCUGGCAACCACUGGCGAUGCGUAGGGGGUGCACGCGUGUGUACGUGCGCCCGCUGCCAGCACCUGCAGGAGGUCACCGCUUGCCACCCUCCUCCUCCUCGCUGCCAACACUGCCGGUGGCCCGCGACUGCUGCUGAUGCUGCCGGCAGUGUCUGCGAGCGGUCGCUGACUGUCGGUCGGCACUCGCCGCAUGCCAUUGCAGAUGCCUGUGGGAGCUCACUGUGCCCAGCCAGUUGUGGCACCCUUGCUGAGGGGCGGUGCUAGUGGCCCCCUCUCUAAUCCAAGAUGGGUCCCCGUGCAGAAAUCAGUCGUGUCCAGGGAUGGCUGUCGCAGGAGCUGCCAUUGCUCUUGUCACAUUGGUGACGGGGGCUUACUCUGCGGUACAAUGGAUCCAGUUUGUCAUGGCCACUUUAAGUGUUACAGGCUCCAGCUCCAUCAUUGCCUACGCCGUCUUCCAAAACACGGUGCGCUCUCCGGAGGUGCGCCCUCUUUUCUACCUAAGCCUCUCUGACCUGUUCCUGGGGGUUUGCUGGCUUGCUGGGGCUCUGCUCUAUAGCAUGCAAACCACAAAUCAGGAUAUCAUAUGCUAUAACCUGCAAGCAGCUGGGCAGAUUUUCUAUAUGGCUUCUUUUCUCUACACCAUUAACUAUACCUGGCAUCUAUACAUGGAUUUGAAAGUGAAAUACAGUCAGACCCUUCACAGGAUGUCCUCUUUGGUUUUAGACUAUGGUAGCUGUCUUGGCCGAACAGCAACAAUUUUGUGCAGCUUGAUCCCUUUCCUACUUAUGGUUCCUGUGUUUUGCCUGGGCAACGGUAGUGAUUGCUAUGGGAACUUCAGUCAGAAACAUGGGUGUCUCCUGAUGCACACAGAAAUAAACAAACCCACUGGUCAGCUGCAACCUGUUGGUGGCUCUCUUUGUUCUGUGAUAUAUUUGUAUGGCAUCGGGAUCUUCCUGAUCUCUUUCUGGGUCAGCUUCAUAACCAUUCUGGUUCUACUCAUUCAAGCCCGAGGGUUGUACAAAAGAUAUGUAAACUCAUCAGGAUUCUUGGGCAAUCAGCAGUGGGCAGUGAUUAAGAUGGUGGAACAAAGAGUGGUUUUUUACCCCAUCGCUUACUUCUGUUGUUGGGGUCCAGCUGUCCUCCUUGGAAUAAUGAAGUUGACUGUUUCAGAGAACAGCAGACUCUACAUGGCUCUGUAUAUUCUUCAGGCACUCACUGCAGCUUCCCAGGGGCUCUUAAACUGUAUCGUGUAUGGGUGGACCCAGAAUGCAUUCCAGUCCAUGAAACGCAAAGCCUGCCGCGACGUUGACACGCAGACACCUCUCCUGCGCUCCCAGAAGAAGUUUUAUGCCAGCGUGCCCAACCCCAGCACCCAGGCAGUAGCAGUAUCUACAUCCACAGUGCUCUGACAGUUCUCUGUCAGCAAAGAGGAAUAGAUGCCCUGCUACCUUCCAGCCCUGGCCUGGUCACAUCUGGUAGAUGUCAGGCAGAGCCACUUUCUUGACUGGAAUGAACUUAACUGCUUUGUCAGUUAUAGGCAUGAAGAGUUACAUUUAGGCUGGCGGGUCUGUACAAAUCUGGAUGGAGAUGAACUGUUCUCAGUGAAGAUUGUUAUUUAUUUCAUAGGGUUUUUAAUGCAUUAUUUUACCUUGUAAUAUAUUUAGUGCAGUCUCUUCUUUAUGGAAAUAUCUGAGAGUUGCACGGAUUGCUACGGUGUGUCAGUCCUUAACUGCCUCUCUCAUAAGGAGAGAUGGCCAGGGGAUAUUUUUCUUGCCUUAGUGAUUGUCACAUUGUACUGACAAAUUUCUGACAAUAAAGUAAAGAGGAAUAUUUUAAAAUCAUGCUCUUAUUACCAAAAUAUAAAAAGCAAAGAAGCGCAACGAUAGAAGCUGAGUGCACUACAAUGUAAAAUAAUGAUGGCAGGUUGAAUCAGAGGUCAGCCUAACCCCCUGUCCUGUAAACCCACUGAAAUAUCAAGUGUACUUUCUGAAAACCGAUACCCUUAUCUUUAGAUUAUUAACAUGGAAAUAAUGCUUAAGACUUAACUUCCUUUAUAUGCCUCAUUCUGCUUUGACUCUAAACAGGCGAGUCCAUUUCAGUUCUCUCCUCCGAACUGGUCAUUGAUCAGCUGAGUGUACCAAGGAGAAUAAUCCCAUUUUAAGUCAUUGAGGUUCUUUACACGACCAAAGUAAGCAGGAUGUAGCCUGUUGACUAUUUGUACAGAAUAUUGCUGCUUUAAAACAUUUCUUGCUCCUUCAAAUCAGAGGGCAAAAAAAAACAGCUUUCCAUUUGAGACAGAAGCUUUGAUUUUUCUGUGCUGUGAGUUUACGUGUUUGUUAAUUUACAUUCUCAGAGAAGAUCCCUAAAGCUCUGGAGCUAGUUCCCCUCCUCCUGUGUCUUACAAAUACCUGUCAACUGAACAUUUCAGCAUGCUCCAUAGGAUCUCUCCAUACCUGGCUUUUGCAGAAGGGGGAGUUUGGUGGGAUCAGGUGGAUUAUAAUUCAGUAUUUAACAUCAAAGGGCCCAGAGUCUUAGAUGCACCCUUUUCAAACCUUUUAAAUACAUCAUUAUAUAUACAAUGUGGUCAUGCAUGCACUCAGGUUAGUUACUGAAGUCCUACUUUAACUUUUUUCUUCCAUAUUCUGUAGUUAGCUAGAAAGAAAAACCUUAAAAACUUGAUAACUUUCAUGUUGUUUAUUUGCCAACAUCUCUUUCUUCCUAUGCAAAGUAAACUUACUUAAAUAUUAUUUAAAAAUAGAAAUAUAAUGCUGGAGUUUUGGGUAAUAAAACAAUUUCAUGGGAACCCUCGGGGUCUAGUAAUCUGGAUCCACAGAUGCUCUAGUAGGAACUGCCAGGCCAUGGCAAAGCAAUACCAGGUAACCCUAAAUGAUGGUCCUUCCACUUCUUUCACUUUUGUGAAUUAAUUUUGCCUUCUUUCAGCUGUCUCUUUGCAUCCUGUUCAGGAGGACUUCUCUUUUGGCCCCACCUUAUACCUGUAUUAAGCACUUCUUAAAUGCUGUCAGCAGUAAUCAGAGCAACGACAAGGGGAAUUAUCGAG